AUGGAUGAUAAGGUUUUCGAGGCCCUGCUGCACUACAUGUACAAGGACUCCCUGCCGGCAUUCAUGGAGGAGACCACGGAAGAGGCGACAAACAUGGCACGGCAUUUGCUCGUCGCAGCUGAUCGAUAUGCGGUAGAAAGACUGAAACUGAUGUGCGAGAGCAAGCUGAGCAAGGAGCUGGAUGUCAAGACGGUGGGCUUCACUUUGGAUCUGGCUGAGUGGUACAAUUGUCAACGGCUCAAGGAUUGCUGUCUCAAGUAUAUGGCAAGAGACUUUGAGAGGCUGCGAGACAUAAAAAGAACCGAGGGAUUUGAGCAAUUGAAGAAGAACCACCCACUUGUCGUGUGUGAUAUUCUCGAUGAAGUCAUUGACAAACUGAAUCAACAGGCUGUAAUUACUUUGCCUCCGUGA